UAUCCCCCCGCGCGGGGGCGCUGCCACCUGCCCAGGGGAGGAGCCAGAGCGGGACCUGGCGGGUUUUUUUUUUUCAGCUCAGACGCCCUGGAGCGGGGAGAACCCGUCGGGACCAUGAAGCGCAGCGGAGGCAUUGAGAACCCGGCUUUCCUCAGCUCCAGCCCCCACUCCCCGCGCCGCGUCUCCGCCGCGCCCGCCAAUACCAAGACGGAGACUUCGCGGCCACCCGAGCCGCCGAAGCACCCCAAGUCACGGGAGCCCCCUCCGCCUGCGGCUGCUGCCCCGGACUCGGGAGCGCGGUCCGGGCCCGAGUCGCCGUCGGAGUCUGAGGGGCCCUGCGGGUGGGGCAGCUUCAGACCCCAGUGCCUCCAGCUCUGCAACACGCCCCAGGGGUUCCUGGUGCACUACUGCCUCUUGGCCCUCACGCAAGGUGUUGUGGUAAAUGGCCUAGUAAAUAUUAGUAUUUCCACUAUUGAGAAGCGCUAUGAAAUGAAGAGUUCCCUGACCGGCCUGAUAUCAUCAAGCUAUGAUAUUGCAUUCUGUUUGUUGUCUUUAUUUGUUUCAUAUGUUGGCGAAAGAGGACACAAACCAAGAUGGCUUGCAUUUGCAUCUUUUAUGAUAGGACUGGGAGCACUUGUAUUUUCAUUGCCAAAAUUUUUUAGUGGAAAAUACCAGUUGGGGUCCCCUUUUGAAGAUACUUGCAUAAUAGCAAGGAAUAGAACCGGUUGUACCUCUUCAAGUUCUUCACUUUCCAACUUCUUGUACGUCUUCAUCUUGGGACAACUGUUGCUGGGAGCAGGAGGAACUCCCCUCUAUACCCUGGGAACAGCCUUUCUUGAUGAUUCUGUGCCCACACACAAAUCUUCUCUCUAUAUAGGAAUUGGCUAUUCUAUGUCAAUAUUAGGCCCUGCUGUUGGCUAUGUGCUGGGAGGACAGCUGUUAACUGUGUACAUUGAUGUUGGUUUGGAACAAAGCACUGAUAUCACUGAGAAUGAUCCGCGAUGGCUUGGAGCGUGGUGGAUUGGAUUUCUUAUUGCUUGUUUCUGUGCUUGGUGUUUGAUAAUACCUUUUUCUUGCUUUCCAAAACAUUUACCAGGUACAGCAAACAUUCAAGAUGGAAAAACUUCCCAGACUCAUCAGAGUAAUAGUUCCUUAGAUCAUAUAGACGAGGAUUUUGGGAAAAGUUUUAAAGAUUUUCCAGCUGCACUAAAGAAUUCCUUGAGGAAUACUGUCUUUAUGUGUUUAGUUAUAUCAACUUCUACAGAAGCCUUAGUUACUACUGGAUUUGCUACAUUUUUACCUAAAUUUAUAGAAAAUCAAUUUGGAUUAUCAUCCAGUUUUGCAGCUACCCUUGGAGGGGCUGUUUUAAUUCCUGGAGCUGCUCUGGGUCAGAUUUUAGGUGGUGUUAUUGUUUCGAAGCUCAGAAUGACAUGUAAAAACACAAUGAAGUUUGCUUUUCUCACAUCUUUAAUUUCACUUGUGCUCAGCUUUGUAUUUGUGUAUGCCAGCUGUGAAAAUGAGCCAUUUGCGGGAGUGUCUGAAUCAUAUAAUGGGACAGGACACAUGGGAAACUUGACCACCCCUUGUAACGCCAACUGUAACUGCAUGCGGUCACAUUAUUAUCCUGUCUGUGGCAGAGAUGGAGUCCAGUAUUUUUCUCCCUGCUUUGCAGGUUGUAAAAGUUCUGUUUCAAGGAAACAUUCAGAGGUAUAUUACAACUGUUCCUGUAUUGAAAUGAAAACAGAAAUAACACCUCCUGCAGAAAGCUCUGGUUAUGAAGCUAAAGCUGGAAAAUGUGAAACUCAAUGUACAAACUUGCCCAUAUUCCUUGGCAUUUUCUUUGCUGCAAUUGUUUUUACCUUUAUGGCUGGUACUCCUAUAACUGUGUCCAUCCUAAGGUGUGUUAAUCAAAAGCAACGGUCUCUAGCCUUGGGAAUACAAUUUAUGAUGCUUCGAUUAUUAGGCUCAAUACCUGGACCAAUUAUUUUUGGUGUCACAAUAGACAGCACAUGUGUUCUCUGGGAUGUUAAUGAGUGUGGAAGGAAGGGAGCCUGCUGGAUUUAUGAUAACAUCAGGAUGGCCCGUAUGCUUGUGGCAAUAAGUGUUAUUUGUAAAAUUAUCACCAUUUUCUUCAAUGGGCUUGCAGUCUUUUUGUAUAACCCUCCACCAUUAGACACAGAUGUGUCAUUUCAAAAUUCGAGUUCAGUUUUGACUUCUGUUUCAUUGGACUGUGACCUCAACAAAGCAGCAAAUGAAGGCUGAAAUAGCAAAGAGAAGAGUGUUUUACAGCUGGAGAAUUGGCCUCCAUUUGUAAGAAUGCACAUUGCCAUUGCAGCAUUAUCUAUUCAAUAUGGACAAUCACUUUAAAAAUUGAUGUUUUAUAAUUAAAUGUUUUUUUGUAUAUUUAUGGCAUAUAAAUAUAUAUAUGGACUCAUUUGUGUUAUUUUAAUGUAAGAAACAGAACUGUGCCUUCAAAACCCCACCAAAAGCCUCAAAAUACACACACACACACACACACACACCAUUGUCUAGGUAUGAAAUUCCCAAUAAUAAACUAAACUAGAAAAAAAAUAGCCAAUGAUUAGUUAAAAUCUAUGGUGUAAAAAGUUUGUUAAAUUUAUGUGUGAUUUUCAAAAACUAUUAUUGAAAACCCAUGAAUUUAGAACCAGCUAAAUAAUAUCAUUUGUUUUUAAAUUGACAUAUACUAAUCUGUCCUUUAUCACAGAAAGUUACCAAACGAUUAUAACACAGCUUAUCUUCUUUGUGUCCCACUAUAUAGUGAAUUUAGAAAUAUCAACAUUGUAGAUACAUAUUUUCACUUUAACUCAGGAAAUCUAGGAGGUAAUCUGUUGAUAUUGCUGAUUUUUAACACUUACCUCUUAAUAUGAAUCUGUGAAAGUGUUAUUCAACUACAUAUCUUCUUGGGGAAAAUACUAGCUUCAGCAAAUAAAAGUGCCAAUUAGACACAAAAAGAUUUAUUAAAAAACAACAACACAUGACUUAGAUGUAUUUUAUUGGUUUUCUUUGAGAAGAUUUCUUAAUGAACUUUGACCAAUGUUUAGAUACUCAGUACUUUAAUUUUUAUCAUUAAAAAAUGAUUAGCUAGUACAUUUCUUAUAGCACCUAAAAUAGUGCUUUGCUUAUAGUAGGCAUGCACUAUUAUUGUUGAUUAAAACAAAGUACUCUGUAACCGAUCCAUUCAUUUGAAAGAUAGGCUAUUUCACAUGUCUGAUAACGUCGCAACACUCCAUCAAUUCAGGUCGGACUUGAGCCAACUUUGUCUACUCAGAAUGUGGAGAAAAUAGAUCAGUGAACAUCAUCAAAAACAAUAUCUGCCUGGUCAGGAAUUUUACUGAUUAAGGAAAGUGUUGAGCCAUACCCACUUGAAAUCUUUGUGAAGUAAGGUUACUAAUUUAGUAAGGUUAGCUUUUUUACAAGCAGUGUGUUAUAUAUACACUGUGAUCAGAAUAACAGACAAUAGCAGACUGAGAGGAAAGGCCUGGUAGGAAACCAGGACCAGAAGCACUAGUAAUUCACGAAAUUUAAGAGAUUAUGUUUCAUGGUAAUCUGUGGCCAAUGAUGAUUGAAGAAGCCAAUAGCAUUUAUGUCUUGAAAUGCAAGAAGGAAGGAAUGCAAACACACUUGAGUGGUAGACUUAGAGGAGCAGUGGGUCAGGAAUCAGAGAGACAGAUGAAUUUAAACCAGGAACAUAUAAAAACCAGAGGCUGAGGCCAGAUGGGUAGUCAAAAAC